CGGACCAACGGUGACGGGAGGCCAAAUCAAUUGCAUCUCUUUCAUAAUAGCUGGGCGCUCGUGCGUUGUAACGCUGUGGAGUUGGGGCCCGGAACACCAGCGAAUCCAUCGUGACGAGGCUUUUGCGGUGUGGGAGACUGCCCACAUGCGAACAAUGAUGAUUACCGCCGACGGGAUACUGAUGAGACAAAUAACGCAAAAAUUUCGAAAGCUGCGGCCUGGCGGACGAUGUUGACCUUGAACUGAUGGAUAUUGACCUUGCACUGCCCAGCCCAGCCAAUGGAUGUAGUCCAAGCCCAGUCCCAUCAUACAUAUAUACGUGAGGUUGCAUUGCCAGCCUUAUUCAUUCCAGCAGUUUAGUCAAGAGGUUGAAGUAGAAUAACGCAAAGUAGUGUCAGACAAUAUCGUUGGCAAAAGUCCUCACUCCAUAGCCCUCGGAAAGCAACGACGAAAUGGCGCCCGUACCAACACCAGUCCGCUCCGACACCUCCAAUGGCGACGGGCACGUUGGCAGCAAGCAGCAGGUUCUGCAAGCCGCAAUGUAUGCGGAACCGGAAUUCGACGCCACAGUCGAGGAAGCCAACUCUUCCGUUCCCCAGUAUGCUCAUAACACCGGCCUAGUCGACUUUUCGAAGCUGGACUUUUCGUCUAUGAGCCCUCAGGAGAUUGAGCAAAUGUAUAUUGCAUCGAUCUCUCAGGCUAACCAAGUGCAGUCGAUGCCGGCGACGGCCGAUAAACAUCGCUCGGCAACCAUGUUCAACCCCACCACCUUACCUACCUCAACCAAUGGUCUCUCUUGGGACAACCAUCCUUCAACAAUGAUGGUACAUCUCGAGGACAUCGUCUUACGACGCCCCGUGAACAACAUUCAAGUGCGCUUCUCAUUUCGCCAUAAGAGAGUGAAAGUGGACUCGGCACCUUACCCCCAUGGACACCGAGAGCAAAAGCAGAAAUUCGAAUGCAACUACCAUUCCUUGCUGUUCGACCACUUGAAGGUUGAUAUAUAUGAGGGAGGAUUCUUUGGAUCGCAUAUCGGGCGUGUGCACAUUCGAUUGUCCCGACUGCCGCAACUCCUUGGCGACUUGGAACACACAUAUACCCUGAACCAUCGCAAGGCCCAUCGCAGCUCCAAGCUGGCCAGCAAAGACAUUGGUGAAAUUACCAUCGGAUUCAGCUUCAUCGGCGCGCGUCGCGGCGGUACAUUGACUCGCAGCCAAAGCGCGAGCAGCCGCCAUGGCCCCUCGGACGAGAGCAUGUUGCUCGACAAGAUGAUUGGAUCGUCCGAAGAGGAAAUGCAAACCAGCGAAUACAUGGACUACUACCAGCAGAUGCAGGCGCAGGACGCUGACAUGUAUGGAGACAUGGCUUCGGAGACGAGAUCGAUGAUCAGUAUGCGAAGCACCGCCAGCUCCGCGACGACCGCAACUUCCAAGAGGAGACGGAAGAGGAUCAUCGCUGAGAACACCAUGUUGGGAAUCAAGGAGGUUGCGCAGCUGGCCUCGGCUUUCUUCGGUUCGGGCUGGAAGUUGAACAAGAUGGAGAUCGCCAGAUCGAUGCUCUUUGUGCAGAAGUACUACCAGAAGUUCCAUCCCAACGCAAUGACAAAUGACGUAGUCACAGACGGACGUCAAAUCCGUGUGGCCUGCUACUUCUUGAACUAUGCGAUGUGCGCAUAUGGUUCCCUGCUCAUGAACUUCUUCGGCUACGGAAAGGGCUACCUUCGUGAUGCUGCUCGGCCCAAGAUGGAUUCGGCCACGGCUCGCGAGCACUUGGGAUUGGGGAAGAACGACAUGCUUGCCUGGGACUUUCAGUUGGAGCUUUUCAAGCCUCAAGUUUUCAUUUGCCGGGACCCGAAAUUGAACGCUAUCGUCAUUGCCAUCAGGGGAACCUUCAAUCUCCAUGAGAUGAUUGUGGAUAUCACCGCUGAAUACACCCCGUUCUCCCACGGUUACGCCCACAAAGGCAUGUUGCGCUGCGCUGAGUACCUCGAGCUCCACUACCUCGAUCGAAUCAAAGCCUGGGUCUCGCAGUACAAGUGCUCCGCAAUCUACGUCACCGGUCACUCUUUGGGAGGCGGUGUCGCGUCCCUCCUCACGAUGAUCCUCACCAGCCACAUUCCGGAACUCCGUCAACUGAGCGACAACCGCAAGUUCAAGCUCAAGUGCUACAACUACGGCUCGCCUCCGAGUGUGAACGCCGAAUUGUGUGAAGAGUUCGAACCUUACAUCGAAACUUACAUCAACGAGAACGACCUCGUUGCACGGUCCAGUUGGGGAGCGGUGUGCGAUUUCAGGGACCUCAUCUUGAAAGGACACGACCUGUUGAACGAGAAGAAGCUCUCGACGCAGGACCGUAUGGAGCGCCUUGCGGAACAUCAUACCCAUCUCAAGGAAUCCAACGAGCACCCGAAGGUCUUCAUUCCGGGCAAAAUCUUCUACGUCUACAAGUCUACCCGCGUAUUCUCCUCCACCAGUCGACCACGGAAAGAUGGCCAGGCACAACGCGAGAUCACGGGCAACCCAUUGAUUGACGACCCUACGCCCCAUUAUCUGCUGGAGCGAUCGACUAAGGAGUUGUUCUGCAAUAUACAGUUCAAAACCAACUUCUUGAUUCACCAUAUACCGAACAAAUAUAAUCAUUCCUUGAGGAUGGCUCACAACUAUCUCGAGGAAAACGAAGACCUGCACGAGGGAGACCUAUGAGUCUGGGAGCUCGCUCAGGCCCGUACCUUGGCGUAAACGCAUCGCCUUAUCGUGGCACUGGCGGCAGUAGUACAGCCGUCGUCGCCCUUGAUCUCUCACGGCGUAUAGUUCCACCCUCACCUGUAUCAAGUGUAUGUUGACAUUGUCUCCAUUCGUUGGCACACCUCCACAUAAUCCAGACCCUCGUAUAUACUUUUUUGUAGUUCCCCUUAAUACGUAGAUAAUAUCCUCGACGCUCGUAGUAAUAGAAAAUGUACAUCACUCUCGACUUUCCUUCGAACCUAAUCAAAAUAUCGAAUCUGAC